UUGUUUUCAGUAACUUUACAGGCCAGACAUUGCGUGCAGGAUUGUUCAAUACUCGCUCAAUAAUUCAGAACAUACAACAUUCAGGCUGUUUUGGUAGUAGAUUUCAACCGAGAGGGCUGGGCGAUUGCAUUAAACCUGCUGAGGUUUCAUGGCCUGAGAUCCUCUACGUUUUCUCUCGGGACGAGUCGGGAGUAAUGUGUACAGGCUUGUUAAAGUAUCAUCAACACGUUAAGAACUCUCAAUAUACGUUAUAAAGUGCAUUCGUCUUAAAAGUUCAUUGGCAUUGUACCCGUUGCGUGCCCCAUCUACAGCCUAACUCAAAUGUCCUCUCAUCGUAGUAGCCUCAAACCACGAUUGUGAAGCCGGAGUGAUGAUGACGCAACACCAGAUGCUUGAAAUGGCCAUUCUUCGCUGAUAACCAGUCCUGGCCAUGGAGUUAAAUAAUCCAGCUAAGAAUGAUGUGAUGCCAGCAUGGACCAUCAUGCUGAUUGGGAAGAGUGGAGUUGGGAAGAGCUCUUCAGGGAACACCAUCAUAGGCAGCCCUGUGUUUCAGUCAGACAUGAAGCUGGCCAGGGUCACCCAGAUCUGUGAGAAGGAGAAGACAGAGGUCGAUGGGAGGCCCAUCUCUGUGAUCGACACACCAGGACUGUUCGAGACCAAUCGCAAAGAGAAGGAGAUCCUCCGUGAGAUCCUGAAGCGUGUGAAGCUGCAGGAGCCGGGGCCGCAUGCCUUCGUGGUGGUGGUUCCUCUGGGGAGGUUGACCAUGGAGGACCAGGAGACCAACCUGCGGAUUGAAGCUGCGUUCGGUCCCCAUGUCUGGGACUACACCAUCGUGCUGUUCACCUACGGAGACCGCUUGGAGGGCAAGUCCAUUAAUGACGUGAUUGCAAGCAGCGAUGCAAACCUCCGUGACUUCAUCCGCAAAUGCAGUGGCGGUUUUUUGGUGUUUGACAACAAAAACGCAGAUAGUAAACCAGAUCAGGUGUCCAGGCUGCUGGAGAAGAUAGACACCCUGGUGGCCUUAAAUGGAGGAGGGUGCUACAGCAGUCAGCUGUACCCCCCGAAGGAGAGGAGGGUCAGGGAAAAGCAGGAGAGCAUCCUGGCACAGAAGGCCGGAGAGAUCCGCCGUAAAGAGAGAGAGCUGGAGGACAAGUACAAGGACGAGGAGCUUAAGAAGAAACGUCAGGAGCUGUGGAGAAGAGAGGAGGAGGAGGCCAGGCAGGAGGCAGAGAGCCAGCCCAGUAAAAUCGUCUUUGUUGCAAUAUUCCUAAUUGUUUUUGCAGGUCUAACAGGAGUGGCAUACUACCUGUUAAAAGACAUUUUUUUGUAUUUGGCAGUGGUGGUUGUGGGUGGUUGUCUCCUGUUUAAAGACCAGCUGGUUCAUGUUGUGGGCAGGUGGUUGAGAAAAUGAGAAAUAGUAAUCAGUAGUUGAGUUUGAAUGUUCUGUUGUUGGGUUUCAUUCACACUUUCUAACCUUAAUUUUUCAGUUUCAACUCUGAACUUAGUUUGUCUUAUGCGAUAACAUGUCCUGUAAGUGAUUUCUAUUUUUUAAAUUUUCACAAAGAAUGGAGAAUAAAUCUUUCAUCCUGAAUCUUUUUAGUAUUGUUUGUGUGUAUUAUUAAGAAUAAAUUAAGUAUUUACAA